UUCAACUGGAAACCGAGGUUUCUUGCUGGUACAACUGGUUCUGCGAAGUCGUAAAAUCUCAACAAGAGUAUGUUAGAACACUUUCCAAGUGGAUCCAACGUACUGACAGUCUUGUUGAUGACCAUCGAAAGAGUCUUUACUCAUCUUCUGUUCGUUGCAUGUGUGAACAAUGGAAUCUUGCUUUUGAACGAUUACAACAUAAGGAGGCAGCAGAAGCCAUUAAGAGCCUUCAAUUAGCAAUCUGCUCAAUUCGCGUGCAGCAAGUAGAGGAGCACAAUGUGCAGAAAAAAUAUGAAAAACUUGAGAAAAGACUGCAAAAGGAGUUAUAUUCAUUGGCUGAGAUGGAGAAAAAGAUGGAGGGGAGUGUCACCGAGGGAGAUGAGUACUCCAGUUUAGGCCCUAAGCAUCCUUUGUCACUUAAGCGAGACAAAACUGAAGACUUAAAAAAGGAAGUGGACAGUGAGAAGGCCAAAUUUCUUAACUCAGUCCGGGUUAGCAAGUCCCUGACACUGGAAAACCUAAAAAGAAGCCUUCCCAAUGUAUUCCAAGCGUUAAUGACAUUUUCUAGUCUCUAUGUUGAAGCCAUUGAGGCUGUUUGUGGCGUCGUUAAACCAGCCGAUGAUUCUGAUGCUACAUUGUCAACCUCAUAGAAUUAACGCUGUUGCCUUGAAAAUAUGGAGAUGAAAUAUGAAUCUUCCUGAGUUAUCAGGGUAGUUGAAGAUGUUAACAUUAGAAUGCUGAAGAUUUUGUUA